UCACUCAUCUUCGUGGGACAUGUACCAGUGAGCAGUGGGGAUAAAGUUAAUAUUACCAUUUUAGGCCAUCAGGCGGGAUAUGCUAUCCCAUCGACAUGUACUUUGGCGCACUUUCACAUCUCGAUGAGCACGUAUUUGAUGAUUUUCGUAUUAGAAUAUAUCUAUUUGAUGAUCAUGUGCACCAGUAAUCAUGGUAGCGAUUCUCUGUUCCUUCAUAUUACAUUGCACGUUUGCGGCCAACUGCAGAUUUUAAGAACUAGUUUCAUUAAUUUUGAUGUUACCAGCCCGGAUGUUUACAAACGUUUCAAUGCAUUAAUUUUGAGACAUGAUCAUUUGAUCAAAAUGGCUAGAAAACUCGCUGAGAUAGUCAGUUUUGUUUUAGUCGUACAACUAUUUAUCAGCAGUAUGCUUAUAUGCAUAGUAGGAUUUCAAUUUAUUGUUGCAAUGGCAACUAGCGACUUUAGUAUGAUGUCAAAAAGUUUUAUGGUACUUAGUGCUUUUUUGGCACAAUUAACGGUAUAUAGUAUUGUCGGUGAUUAUUUAAAAACACAGAUGGAAGAAGUCGCGCAGUCUGUUUAUCAAUGCGCUUGGUACAAUCUUCCUACAAAAGUGGCAAGAAACAUAGUGUUUAUCAUGAUGUGGAAUCAACUUCCCAUUAAAUUACAAGCUGGUAAUUUUAUUGUGGUGGACCUUGGAACCUACAUGAGCAUCCUAAAAACUUCUGCUUCAUAUUUGUCUGUUUUACGUGUAAUGAUUGAAACAUAA